UACCUUAAAUAUUAGAAUUUACUCUAAAAUAUUUAUAUCUCUUCUAAAAAAGAGUAAAAGUGAUAGUUUUGAAAAAUGAAUUGAUGAGAGCUCAACCCAACACUUCUGCCAUCUGUCGAUUAAUCAACAACAUUUCGUUUGGUUGCUGAGAAAUCGACGGAAAAUAAAGGUAGCGAAUAAAGCCAAAAUCUUGAGUUUCCCUUUAUUUUGAAGGUCCAAAUUAACAGUGGGAGCUGUGUUUUUGGCUUUUGGACACAACCUGUUUGUUGAAAUGCUUAUGAGAAAGUUAAUUAGCUUCUGGGUCCGUGUAAAUUUUUGAGUUGGUGGUGAUUGGUCUUGAAGAAAAUGUUGGUGAUUGGCCUUGAAGAAACUGAUAGUGAAAGAAAAUUUAGCAUCUUAAGCAAAUAUGUGGUUUGUGGACUUUGCAGCCAGGCAAAAGUGGCUGAAAUGCACCAUGCUGCAUAGAAUCAGUAAUGUUGGAUUCAAUUCGUCAUCGGUUAUGGUUGAUAUAGGAAGACCUAUUCAUAGGUUACUAGCUCAUUCAGUUUAUUCUACUCUGGAAGCAGUUGGCAGGUACAACAAUAAAAAUAGUGGCAAGGCGACUUUGGCAAAGGAUUUAGCCUGUUUAGUUGAUGAAUCUUCUAAUAUUGAUGACAAGAAACCCAAGACUCGUGCAGAGCUUAAGAGAUCGCUUGAACUUAGUAUAAAGAAGAGGGUGAAGGAGCAAUAUAUAAAUGGGAAGUUUCAAGACCUCAUGUGCAAAGUGAUUGCUGAUCCAAAGACUCUUCAGGAUGCUUAUAAUUGUAUUAGAGUGAACUCAAAUGUCGUCUUAGCUUCAGAGAGAGAUUGCAACCCUUUUGAAUCCUUGGCAGAAGAGCUCUCUUGUGGGAAUUUUGAAGUUGGUUCCAAUGUUUUCUCUAUCUCGACAAAAGGUGCACAUAAAGAAGUACUUGUCCUUCCUAAUCUAAAGUUGAAGGUUCUUCAAGAAGCUAUCAGGAUAGCUUUGGAGGUGGUUUACAAGCCCCACUUUUCUAAGAUCUCGCAUGGUUGUCGAAGCGGAAGGGGACAUUUCUCGGCCUUAAAGUACAUACGCAAAGGAAUCUCUAAUCCUGACUGGUGGUUUACAUUGCUUAUUAACAAAAAGCUUGAUGCUUGUAUCCUUGCUAAGCUCAUCUCCACCAUGGAGACCAAGAUAGAAGAUCCUAACUUGUAUGCUAUCAUCCAGAGCAUGUUUGAUGCCCAAGUACUAAAUUUGGAGUUCGGGGGUUUUCCGAAAGGCCAUGGUCUUCCACAAGAGGGAGUUUUGUCCCCAAUUUUAAUGAAUAUAUAUCUUGAUCUGCUUGAUCGUGAGUUGUACAGUAUGUCAAUGAGAUAUGAAGCUUUUGAUACAGGGAUUCAUAGUGAACAUGAUGGGUCCCACUCCAAGCUCCGUAACUGGUUUAGAAGACAGAUGAAAGGCAAUAAUAUCGAGCACAGUGGUGGGGUGAGCUCGUGUGUAAGAGUACAUUCUUGUCGCUUCAUGGAUGAGAUUUUUUUUGCUGUUUCAGGUUCCAAAGAUGUAGUUCUUGCUUUCAAGUCUGAGAUUCAGAGUUAUGUGCAGGAUUCUCUCCACCUGGAUGUUGAUAAUCAAGCAGAAGUAUUGCCAUGUAAUGGUUCACUUGGGGUUCGAUUUCUUGGCACUUUAGUUACAAGAAAUGUUAGAGAAAGCCCGGCAGUAAGAGCUGUUCACAAGCUUAAGGAGAAGGUCGAGUUGUUUGCUUCUCAAAAACGAGAGUCUUGGGAUGCAGGGACAGUUAGAAUCGGGAAGAAAUGGUUGGCUCAUGGGUUGAAGAAGGUUAAAGAAUCUGAGAUCAAGCAUUUAGCUGAUAGUAGGUCUCUUUUGAGUCAGAUAUCCAGUUUUCGUAAACCUGGGAUGGAAACUGAUCACUGGUACAAAUUUUUACUAAAAAUAUGGAUGCAAGAUGUGAAUGCUAAAUGUGCAGAAAGUGAAGAAUUUAUCUUAUCUAAGUAUAUUGCUGAACCAGCACUUCCCCAAGACCUAAAAGAUUCAUUUUAUAAAUUCCAGAAGUGUGCAGAAGAAUAUAUUUCUUCUGAAACAGAUUCAAUAAUUGCUCUUUUGCCCAAUUCCCCCUCUUCUACUGAAUCUGUCACCACAACAGAGAUUAUUGCUCCAGUAAACAUCAUAAAGAAGCGUCUCUUACGAUAUGGAUUGGUAAAUGCCAAAGGGUUCCCCUGUGCAUCACGCAUGCUUAUUUUACAAGAUACCAUUCAAAUUGUUGAUUGGUUUUCAGGAAUAGUUUCGCGAUGGCUUAGGUGGUAUAGUGAUUGUCACAACUUCAGUGAGAUAAAGCUCAUUAUUUGUGAUCAGGUAAGGAAGUCUUGCAUCCGGACACUGGCAGCAAAGUAUCGAAUACAUGAAACUGAGAUAGAGAAAAGAUUUGACUCGGAACUGAGGAGAAUCCCCGCAACCCAGGAGUUAGAAUAUGAGUUGGCAAAUGAGACACUGGAUUUGACAUUGGAUUCUCAAGCUUCUGAUUAUGAUGAUGAUGCUUUAUUGUAUGGAAUUUCUUACAGUGGCUUGUGUUUGCUGUCUUUAUCAAGAAUGGUGAGUCAAUCAAGGCCUUGCAAUUGCUUUGUUAUGGGUUGUGUGGCUGCAGCACCAUGUGUUUAUAUGCUUCACGUGAUGGAGAGACAAAAGUUUCCUGGUUGGAAGACAGGGUUUUCAAGUUGUAUCCAUCCGAGCUUGAAUAAAAGGCGAAUUGGGUUAUGUAAGCAGCAUUUAAAAGAUUUGUAUCUUGGUUGUGUAUCUCUCCAAUCUAUUGAUUUUGGUGCUUGGAAAUGAAAAUUUUCCAACAAAGUUAGUCUUUAUUGAUGCUCAUUAACUAAAUUCACAGAAAAGGAUCCUCUCGAGACCUUGAAUUAUUGAUCACACUCUCGGGGGAUGGCUGAUAAUAUUACAUUUGGAGCUUACAAUCUUAUAGAGAUGAUGAGGGAGUUCAAGAAAUCUUGGCACACAGAACUCAUCUCGGUUGAGAGAUCUGAUGAACUGCUUCAGAGUGAAGUAAAGAGCUAUUUGUGUUGAAUAGUGAGUUGAAGUAUGAAGCUUACUAGCUACCAGGAGAAAUCAAACAUCGUCACCUCAAUUAUAUAUUCCCAGUGGUAUCAUUACAUCUCUGUUACCUUCCAUUCAUUCAAAGAACAAGCAAAAACAAAGGAUCUAAGAGCAUUAUCUCUCCUCACUUUAACUUUAAUAUGGAGUCCAUAAGGGUGGCAUCUGAUAUGAAUCACAUGAUUAGAUCAGAUCUCUUGAACG